AUGAGGAAUCGAACCACCGUGACGGAAUUCAUCCUCCUGGGUCUGACCGACGACCCCACCUUGAAGGUUUGCCUUUUCUCCUUUUUACUCCUUGCCUACCUGCUGAGCGUCAUCGGCAAUCUGACCAUCAUCACCCUGACCCUCCUGGUUCCCCACCUUCACACCCCCAUGUAUUUCUUCCUGCGUAAUUUCUCCCUCCUGGAAGUCUCGUUCACUUCCGUCUGCAUUCCCAACUGGCUGGUGAGCAUUUCCACGGGGGACAAAACCAUCUCCUACGGCGGCUGCAUGACCCAAACUUUCUUCCUCAUCCUCCUGGGGACCUCGGAGUUCUUCCUUCUGGCCUGCAUGUCCUUCGACCGUUACGUGGCCAUCUGCAGACCCCUACGCUACACCACCAUCAUGAACCGCGGGGUCUGCACUCUGCUCGUCCUCUGCUGCUAUUUGGCCAGCUCCCUAGUCGUCGGUCCGGGCCUCGCCUUCGGCCUCCGGCUGGAGUUCUGCGUCUCCAACGUCAUCAACCACUUCACCUGCGACACCGCCCCUUUGCUGAACAUCGCCUGCUCGGACACGCGAUCCCUGGAGGUGCUGUCGUUUUCUGCCGCCAUCUUCACGCUGUUGGUCACUCUGUCGCUGGUGAUCCUGUCCUACGCGUUCAUCGUUCGGACCGUUCUGAGAAUUCCCUCCACCCAGCAGAGGAAAAAGGCCUUUUCCACCUGUUCUUCCCACAUGCUCGUCAUCUCUCUGUCCUACGGCAGUUGCAUCUUCAUGUACGUCAACCCUUCCAUCAGGGAGGCGACGAUGACCAAGACGGUGGCCGUUCUCAACACGUCCGUGGCCCCCAUGCUCAAUCCCUUCAUUUACACGCUGAGAAACCAGCAGGUGAAACGAGCCUUCGCAUACCUGGCCCGGAAAGUGUUUUCGGCUCAGAAGCCGGAGGCCCCGAUGGCCCUCGAGUGA